AUGCAGGGGCGAGUAGGGGAUGGACCUGCAGGAGCCGGCGCUUGUUUCGUCGGGGGGUUUCUUUCCGUAGCGGGGCCGACGUCCUGUCACUCGUUUCGUUACGACGGCCCGCGACCCCCUCCUUCUGGGCAGACGCAGCCGGAGAGUGGCAGUGAGGAGGAGGAUGAGGAGGAGGAGGGUGAGGGCGCGGAGGAUGAGGACGAUGAGGGGAGCGGGGAUGACAGCGCGGGGCCGAAGCGGAGGAAGAGGGCGAACAAGUUGAGGGAGCGAGCGUAUCCCUGCACAUUCAUUGGGAAGCCCUUGGGCGAGGGUGUGAUCGCUCCGGAGUUCCUAGACGAGGAUGGAGGGUCCGAGAGUAGUAAGGGGACUGGCAAGGGUAAUAAGAAAUCGGGGUGGCAAGUACAGAUGUUCGGGCCUAAAGGGGCAGAUGAGAAGCGUCAGUGCAAGAUUUGCACUGGCAGGAUUCCGUGGAAGCAAUCCACAACAACACUCGACGAGCGGCACUUCGAGAGCUACCACACAGCGCACAUGCACGUGUGGCAUCACCGUUACCACACUCCGUCCGUUCACUUGCCUUGGGAGACGUUUCCUCAUGGGGGCUACAACGGUGUGCCGGAUGGCUACGUCGAUCGGUGGCUGCAUGCCAAGUCUUGGCCGCAUCUCGCCAAGAAGAAAGGGAAGGCGUCCGGUGGAGCUCGGGGGUCAGGCGGGAUGGAGCGGUUCAUGACAACCAAGCUGUCCACGGUGGAGCUACGGCAGGCGAUCGCCAAGCUGGUGGUCACUUGCGACCUCCCCUUCCGCAUGGUCGAGGCCGAGGCUUUUCGGGAGCUAUUGAUCCUGCUAAACCGCAACUGCGCGCAGAAGAACUUCAUCCCCUCGCGCUGGACGGUAUCCCGCGACACCGUGGUCUAUGCAGCAGCAGCUCUCCAGUCCGCCAUUGUGGAGAUGCUGGCGAAGGAGUGGGAGUUGGGGUCGAAGGUGUCGUUCACCAUCGACAUGUGGACGGCACCCAGCAACAAGGCAUGGCUAGUGGUGACAGGUCACUGGAUAGACGAGAAUUUCCAGCUGCGAACAAUGGUGCUUGAGUUCCGCGAGAUGCUCGGGAGGCAUGGGGGCAGGGAGAUGGCGCAAGUGGUUGAGGAGACGGUUGUGCAGUGGGGGUUGGAGGGGCGUUGUCUUGGUUUCACGACAGACAACGCCUCUAGCAACAUUGCCGCCUUCAGGCGGAUGUCGGAGGAAUGUGGUGGUCAGUGUUUCUUCAACUCGCGCAUGCACUUCCGCACUUCUACACAAUACUGUUGGUCCAGCUUGUAUGGUUUGUCGAAGACCGACAAGAAGAAGGUGGAGAGUCUGCGCCUGACAGACGCAGACUGGGAGACCCUGCAAGCGGUCAAGACAUUCCUAAGCCCCUUCGCCAAAGUCUCCAAGGCAGCUGAGGGGGCGGCGUACCCGACUGUGUCGAUGGUGGUCCCGUACUACAACGGCCUGAUCGACGCCAUGGAGUCGCGCCUUGCCAAGGGGCCAUCUCCGACGCUGCAGCCGAUGAUCGUGGCGGCGCUGAGCCACUUGAAGAAGUACGCCUACAUCACCAGCAAUGAGUACUGGAUCGCCACCUUCUUGGACCCAUCCAUGAAGGCGGCGUGGUUCGACGACGCGCACUGGGAGAAGCUGCAUCCCGAGACCGACAGGAGGGUGAGGCCGCGUCCGGCGUCUGGCGAGGUGAACAAGCUGGUGCGCGACCGCGUGGCCGAGUACCAGGCCCGGGCUGCAGAGCUGGCUCCCCGGCCGACCCCACUUGCCCCCGUCGCGGAGGAGAAGGAGGGAGACGAGGCGGAGGACGACGAUGACGCGCAGUUUCUCCCUAGUCGCCGACGACUUGCGGCGCGUCUGUCGGCGAGCCAGGAGGCGGGGGGGGGUGGGAUGGUGCAGGAUGACGAGGUUAGCAGGUACUUGUCCGAGAGGGUGCGGUGCGACGUGACAGCGCUAGAGUACUGGCGCAGUGCCACCAACAUGCAGACGCUGAGGCGCAUGGCCCGAGAUUAUCUCGCCAUCCCUGCCACGUUCGUUUCGAGCGAGGGCCGCCGACCGAGAGGCGUCGCACCACCAGAGUUCGCCAUUGAGGGCGAGGGGGCGGAGGAGGAUGAGGAGGAGGAGGGUGUGGAGGCUGACGACACAGCUAGUGGAGAAGAUGCUGUUGUUGGUAGUAGCAGUGGCGCCUUGGCGUAG